CUGAUGCACACAUGAUAUUUUCUGACACUUUGCCUGUUGAUUGGGUCAGAAGACGUUUUGCCGCAAUUAACGAGAGAAACCAUUACACUGUGGACUAAUUCAUCACCAUGAAACAGUCUCCCAGAUAGAAGCGUAUCGGAGAAGCAUAAAACUUCAGGUCGUCCUAAUUUGGCGAGCAAGUUACGUAAAUGUUUUAAAUGGCGAAUAACCGCACCUCAUUUUCCAUUCAUAACAUCUUAAACCGUGAUUCUGAAAAAAAUGUCCGUCUAAAUGAGGAAUACGCUGAGGUAAAUGGAGAAACAGAGGCACAGGAUUGUUCCAGUUCAUCUCUGUCGGUCGGAAAGACUGCAGUGGAGAGCGCAGAAAGGCGCAUCUCUCCCUGUGUGUUCACGUUAGACUCAUUCUCUGAUCAGCAUUCAUGCGAGGAAGAAUCAACGGGGGAAGACACUUCACAACUAGAUAGACGACACGAUUACGAUAUUGACCGAGGGAAGCCACAGAGCUGUAAUUUUGGAGAUAACUCCAAAUCGAGCAAGAAAAGGUCUCGGGCGGCGUUCUCUCAUGCGCAGGUGUAUGAGCUCGAGCGGCGCUUUAACCUGCAGCGGUACCUGUCCGGCCCAGAGCGCGCAGACUUGGCAGGUGCGCUCAAACUGACGGAGACACAGGUGAAGAUUUGGUUCCAGAACAGGAGAUAUAAAACCAAACGGCGACACGUGGCGACCGAGCUUGCGACAACUCCCACGGCAACGCUGGCUAAGAGAGUGGCGGUGAAGGUGCUGGUAAAAAACGACCAGAGGCAAUACAACGCCGAGAUUCUACCCAGUUCGUCCGUUCCUCCCUUAUACCAGUCUUUCCCUUACUAUCCUUACAUGUUCUGCUUCCAGCCGUGGAUCUCAGGGGACACUUUAAGUGGUGGCUUGUACUGAUCUACUGGGGUUACGGCAUCAGUGGACAGUGACUACGGAGUUUUGUCAAACACAAACAGACACCAGCCAGCCAGAAGUGAAUUUAUGCAGAAGGGAACAGAGAAAACACAAAUCACAUUAUUCCAGCAGGGCUGUAAAUACCAAACAUAUCUAUAACAGACUGUAGAAUGGCAUACUCACUCUAACUGCCAAAUCGUAAGGAUUCAUACGACUUUUCUAAAUUUGGCUAGUUCGUAUGAUAUAGUAGGACUGCACUCAUAUGAAUUCGUAUGACUUUCACUACAGCAAGUGACAUUGCUGGACAUCGUUUCCACCUAAUACACCACAAUGACUUGCUUCUGUCACACACACACCAGCUUCCUAUCAUGUUUACACACUCUGCUGAUUGGUUAGGUUUAGAUAAGGGAUUUGGGAAAGGGCAUAAUAUUAAUAAGCCUGUCCUUAACGCCUCACUUAUUUCCGCAUUAGACAUCCGGGCAUUUGCACAUGAUGAAAUCAUACAAAUUCAUACAAUGAACUCCUACAAAAUCAUAGGAAAUGGCCAACUGUAAAAUAUGUACGAAUUUUCAUGAGACUGGGUUGAGAAUGGUCUAAAAAUCCAAAAGGAAAACCAAAGUGGGAUGUGAUAUACUGAUGAAAUAUUGUUUUAUAUUGAUGAUUAUAGCAGAGACAAUUCACUCUAUAGAGAUUUUGUCAGGUCUGAAGUAGCCUAAAACUGUUAAUGUUGCACAGUAAACUCAAAAAAAAAAAAAAAAAAAAAAA